GUGGGUUAGGAGAAUGCUGCACUAAUUGAAGAAGAGCAAGCAUCGAGGUGGAAUCUAAGCAAUCAUUGAUAUGGGAAUUUUCGAUGUUGCAUUUUUAUAUUAGAACUCUCGACAAAUGUGGGUCUCAACUACCUAUUCUGCAAACGAGAACCUUUUAGCGACAAGACUUAAGAGCGUCAGAAGGAGUGGUAAGAAAACAGCAAAAAUUGAGUGGGUGAAGUUUAUCUCGUGGAGCUUCUAUUGGAGUUGCUGGACGGUCAAGGCCGUUAGCUGGCUUCUUCCGGUCGCUUAGUAUACAUCAGAGAGGCUGCUUGUUACACGAGUAGCGUGACUACUACUCAACUUUAAAGCGAGUGGUGAAAAGAGAAGACGGUCACAAAACUCUAGCAGGUCCCCUCCGUCGUCGCUGUAUGAUCGACGGUAGACUACUCCCCUUUCGCCAUCGGAAAGUAUUGAUAAACAAAAUAUUGAAACGCUAUCAACUCGUUGGUUGUCUAGUUCGUAAUCGUUCCAAUGAUAAGGCCGGCCAGACUCAAACCAUGGUGGAAAGACAUUGAGUGGAACUAAAUUUUUACUUGGGGAAGUUGCCUACAAGCACUUCUGUGCUUGUUCCACCGUUAAAAAGCAAUUGGUACGGGUCGGCUUAAGCUUAUAACGCACGAUUCGCAAAACUAGGCUUUCGAGUAGAACACUGCACUGGGAAGCUCAGAGUGUAUUCCGGCUGCUUUAACGCAUUUGAGUCCGCCUAAGAACUUAAGGAGCUGAAUCAAUCUGACUAGUACUUGCCACAAUUAUUUUGCACAGCAUGGCUCCGGAAGGUGAAAUCAAGAAAUGACUCCUACGUCAAAGGUUAUAUUCGAUAUGUGCCUUGUGGUGCGUACGAAGUGUCAAGAUUCUAUCUAUGCGAUUGCUUGUCUGGUGUUACAAAGCAAGCAGGUAACAUCGUUUCCCUUACACUCGGUAAUGGCAAAUCAAGAUCAAUAUAAAUUGUGCUCGUGCCAUAUUCUCGCAGAGUUUUACUUCUAAUUGCACUCGUUCAACUCCAACUAAGUAAUAACAUAGUCUUUCUCUUCCUUCCAAUUUGUAUUGUCUUCUAGUCAGUUCUCAUGUUAUGUUUGUAUUUCACGAUGUCGUAACACUAUCUCUUGCUGACUUAUCAGUCUAUCAAUUGGGUUCAAGCACACCUUUUGUUAAUAGCAGCUAAGUCAUUAGUAAGCAGCGGUGAUGCGCCCGUUUGUAUUUUCAUGUUGAUAUUGUGUCUUUCGUGGUCGAUGUUAAUUGAUGCAUUUUUGAGGCAUAUUAAACGUCAGUUCUUCACCAUCUCUUAUGUCAUAGCAGUAGAGACAGCGCUUCUUCUACCUGUCGGUAACAACGGGUGCUGUGUGGUCAUCUUCUCGUGUACUCCGGCAUUAUCUCGAACCUUAUGCUCAAUAACUCCAAGCAAUCUUUCAUGUUUCGAUCAUUUGUUUCCUAAUGCUGCCGAGCCACUUAUCGCAGUCAGCCGAAUGGAUUGUCCUUCUCGAGAACAACUCUAAACGAGGAUUUCUCUCCGUUUACUCCAUCACUGUCCCAAAAAAUCGUAUUUUUGCAGAUGCGCGUAAUUCCACGAAUGCAUUGUGUGACUCCUUUCUACGCUUCAUCCAAGCUUUAACGAUGACUUUUAAACUUCAUC